GCAGUGUUUACAUACUAUUAUUUAAUAAUGUUGUCUUAGCUUCCAUUUUAAUAUUUCCUGUUUAAAGUCUUUGCAAUUAUUAUUAAUUCUUUGUAACCAAUUCUAAGUGAAAGUAAAUCCUACACCUAUUUUUUCAGUGUAUGUACACUGCAUUGCAUGCAUAUUAAAUUCCACCAUGCAAAUAUUCCCAAAAGUUAUGAAACAAGUUACAAUAACACCGGUUUAAUUAUUAAAUAUAUUAAAAAGCGUAUGUGGAUCUCAAAUGAAACCAAAUAUGGUGUUUAAAAAGCGUGUCAUGAUGUAAUGCUGCCAAACAUUCACAUGCUGGAGGUUUCUCGGGCAAAAGGGCAAACUGAGGCUGAUCUACCCGCCCCUGACAACCAUCACAAACCCACACACAACAGCAGCAGCAGCUCACAUUCACUCAGCACGAACACAAACACGCUUUAAACCCGACUAACUCCGCUCAAACUCACCCGCGAUGAGGCACAGAACGCGACCCCGAUGACGUCACGGCGGCAGAAGUUCGUCUGAAGUGCUUUAUCUAAUGACUUUAACAGGUAGCUCGCACAUGUUCUGUGUCGACCAGUGACGGACAUGAACGGGAAAGGCUGCAAGCUGAUGGUUUCUCCGUCCGGUCCGGCUCAGGCUCCUCACCUGAGGGUCCAGACGGGUCACUCCUGUUCUCCAUCACUCCAUCCCGACUCCACAUCCGGAAACCCUUCCCUUCUCCCCACGCUGAGCCUCCGCCGACAGGUGCUGACCAAUAAGAAGCUGGGCUUUCCGCACUCCUCGCAACAUCAAGCUCCGCCCCUUUCACUCCCAGCAUCCUCUUCCAAACAGUCAGCUCGACCCAGCUGCCCAGACAAUGGUACGAAAGGUUACUUGUCUUUGGGGACGAACAGAAGAGUGUUUGGGUCGUGUGGCGGUUCAAACCUGCAGGUGAUGAGCAACGCAAUGUUGGUCCAGAGUCUGGGUCCGGUUUCUCCACAGACUUCGGUCCAGAACGGCCCACAUCACUCACUCACGGUUCCCUUCGCCGACGCCAGGUCUUUGCUGUCCAGAGAGUCUUUGGCCUCGACGACCCUCAGCCUCGCAGAGACGCAGUCGAUCCGCAGCAGUAAACUGGACUGGCCCUACGCUUACCGCGUUCUUCCUCCUCUCGGGAUUCAGUCUUCAGAAGCAGCCGAUCCGCAUCUCAUUCCCGGAUCCGAGUCCGUCUCCAACCCCACGUCUCUCCCGCAUUAUCUCUUCAAGGAGGACAGCAACCGGUGCAAGAAGCGAGCGCUGUCCUUGUCUCCGCUCUCGGACGGCAUCGGCCUCGACCUCAACUCCAUCAUCAGAACCUCUCCGACAUCUUUAGUGGCGUACAUCAUCGGCUCCCGCACGUCGCCGGCCUCGCGUCCCACUCCUUCACCUCUGCAGACGGAUGUUUGCGGACACCUUCUGGGCAUCAGAGGCAGCUGCAUCCCUCAUCCCAAUCCCAACAAGUCAAUUCAGACCCCAACUGUCCAGCCGCUAGAAGACCAAUUCACCAAUCUAGCAGUGGAGCACCAACAGGAGAUGCAAACUCCUUCAAUACAGCUUCAGUUUGAGUUGUCUGCCGUUAUCAGGACGCCCAGCCCUCCUCGAGGUCCUCCUCCGCCCUACAACGCCCACAUUCAGAUCCCAGCGGCGUCUUCAAACAACCUCAGGGUCCUUCCGUCGACUCUGUGCCCGAUGCUGGAGGAGGACGAGGACGAGGACGUCAGCGGAGGACACUGCUGCUGCUGGAUGGACUGCGGCGCGGUUUACACCCAGCGAGAGGAGCUGGUCAAACACAUCGAGAAGAUCCACGUCGACCAGCGCAAGGGCGAGGACUUCACCUGCUUCUGGGCCGGGUGUCCUCGCAAACACAAGCCCUUCAACGCACGCUACAAGCUCCUCAUACACAUGAGGGUCCACUCCGGGGAGAAACCCAACAAAUGCUCGUUUGAGGGCUGUCCGAAGGCGUUUUCCCGCUUGGAGAACCUGAAAAUCCAUCUGAGGAGCCACACGGGCGAGAAGCCCUACGUGUGUCAACACCCCGGGUGUCAGAAAGCCUUCAGCAACUCCAGCGAUCGAGCCAAACACCAGCGAACACACGUCGACACGAAACCCUACGCCUGUCAGAUCCAGGGCUGCGCCAAACGCUACACAGACCCCAGCUCGCUGCGCAAACACGUCAAGUCACACUCCUUAAAGGAGCAACAAGCCCGGAAGAAGUUGAGACGCAGCACAGAUCUGAGUCAGGACGGACUCAGCGAGUGUUUGACCGUUCAGCCGCUGCAGCACAGCCUCGCACCACUGGACCUGAUUGAGACCAAGUGCCAGUCACCCAUUGAUGAUCUCUACACUGGGAUGACCCUAAACCAGCCCAGCCACACAAACACCCUGCAGAACGUGAUGCAGAUCCCAGGCGCUCCACACACCCUCCAGACCCCCAUGCAGCUGCCGAGAUGCGCAUGGCUUCUCGCUGCUCGUGAUUGUCCCCGCACCGGCGGUGGGCACGCCAUACGCCACGGGAUCCAAGGAAGACAAUCGGCUCAUUUAAUAUUAAUGAUUUAUUAUUGUAAAAGCGUCUCAUUUCUCAGGCUUCUCAGGGUUCCUGUGUCACAUCAGGCUUCCCUGGGCCCUUCAGCGCUCCUGUCAUCUCAUCACACGCUGGACCACAACACUCACAAACUCUCCAGAUACCCCAGUCAUCUCAGGACAUCCCUCCCUGACAGUUUCUCUGCUGAUGCACAAACCGUGUUCUCAUACGGUAACACACCGCAGGCUGCCAAACACAUUACUCCUUGUUCCAUGAUGCAGAUGCCCAUGUUUGAGGACAAUCUGGGCUCCUCAGACGCGUCUCAGUCAGAGCUGGACCUGCUGCACACGACUCUGUCAGGCAUCGCUGCAGUGUUCGACUGCCAAACUGGACCUGAAGAGUUUUUGGGAGAGCAGGGGCCUUCGGUGCAGGAGGACAAUUACCUUCACAUCUGUAGCGUGGAGAGAAGCCCGAGCCGGAUCUCAUGCGUCUUUACUGAAGGGUGAACACACGCUUCCCUUCAGGGGAUCUCAUCCACCUGAGACGUUUUUGUCAACUCACCUGGGUUGAAUGUAUGAGUUUUUUGGAAGGAACUUCCUCAUGGACUCCUAAUGGAUUUUGUAUAGACUGUAUAAGCACAGAUGCCUGAAGUAUUUGGACUUUUAAGCCACGUUAAGCCUUCACCGGAUAAAAUAUUGAAGCAAGUGUCUUGUAUCUGUGCAACUCAAAUGCUGACGGAUCUUUUUUUGUUGUUGUUUUAUUUUUUUUUUUCACACCACAAAACUCCAAACUAGACAAACUUAAUUUUGCCAAAUGUUUGUCUUAAAAGGAAUCGUGUUGAAAAAAAAGCUCACCCUCCGGCCAUCCAUGAUCAGGAUGAGUUUGUUUCUUCGUCAGGUUUGGAAAAAAGUAGCAUUGCAUCAGUGUCUCAUCAAUGGAUGCUCUGCAGUGAAUGGGUGCCGUCAGAAUGAGAGUCCAAACAGCUGAUAAAAACAUCAAACACAUAGAGUCUAUAAUCCAUAAUAACACUUCCUCCAGUGAAGACGUGCAUCUGCUGUUGUCGCUCUCAUAUUAGUUUAGAUCUGUUUAAACGCUGCUUGAUCUGUGCAGAUUUCUCUCCUGAUUCAGACCAGAACACUUCUUCACUGGAGGAAGUGUUAUUCUGGAUAAUAGACUCUAUGUGUUUGAGUUAAAAUCAUCUUAAUGCUGGAUGUGUUUCAGGUUUUGUCUUCUCCAGAUGUUCACUGAUGGACUGGAGUGCUGUGGAUUAUUGUGAUGUUUUACUCUCAUUCUGACGGCACCCAUUCACUGCAGAGCAUCCACUGAUGAGACACUGAUGCAAUGCUACAUUUCUACAAACCUGAUGAAGAUCUGAUUUUAUAAGGCAUGGCAGAUUUUUGGAUGAACUAUUCCUUUAAAAGAGUGUUUGUGUAUCUUUCUUUACAAUAAAUGACAUGCUUUGAUAUUUUAGGUAUACAAAUAUUUUUUGGGGGGCCACUACAGUAUGUAAAUAAUUAUUGAAUAAGCAAAAGAAUGCACUUAUCACAGAUUAUAGCCAUUUUGAUGUAAAUAUUUAUACAUAAAGGAUAUGUUUGUUAUGUUUUACUGACUAAAAUCAUCUAGGAGCAUGAAUUGCCUAUUGAGGUUUACAUAUCCUCGUCCAGUUUGUGUGUGAACACCUUUUAAUUGCUGAUCACUGAAUGCAGUAGUUGUGUAUUUUAAUGUUGGAUAAAUUCCUUUAUAACAGACCAGUAGUCGACUUAAAAAAUAAAUAAAUAAAUUCAGGUUAAUAAUAAAA